CGCAAACCACUGCCCACAACGACACAUCUCAGCAGGCAAGCGUGUAACCCUGCAGCUCAAGGCUACGAUGUCAGUUGACGCACAAGAAAACAGUAUUUAAAGUCAGCUCCGAGACACACAGGUUUGAUUGUCAAUCAACUCGCAGUGGCUGUUCAAUUUCAAAGAAGACUUUGCAAGUGGGGUUUCGAGCUCUCCCCGAUUUGGAAGCUAUAACAGUUCUUCCCCAACACUACCAUAGGUACUGCGUUGACUGCAACCGCAACGAUAUAUAAAGUCAACACUACCUCCCAUCUACAGAUAUUCGCACAUUGGCCUCUCUCCUGCUCUUCUCUGUUCAACCUUCCUCUCGACGUAAGUUUCACAAUGGUCCUAAACUUCGGCAUCAUCGGAACCAACUGGAUCACCCACUCGUACGUCGAGUGCGCCCAGGCGACCCAGAAGUGGAACCUCGCCGCCGUCUACUCGCGCAAAGAAGAGUCAGCCAAGGAAUUUGCUUCAAAAUAUGAAGGCCAGAAAAUCGAGCUCUACACCGACCUAAACAAGUUCUACGCCGACCCCAACCUCAAAGCCGUCUACAUCGCCUCGCCCAACAUCCUGCAUUACGAGCAAGCCAAAACCGCCCUCGAAGCAGGCAAAAACGUCAUUCUUGAGAAGCCCUCGUGCUCCACAAGCGAAGAGCUAGACGAGCUGUUUGCGCUGUCCAAGUCCAAGGGUCUUUUUCUCAUUGAAGCAUGGCGCCACAUCCAAGAAGCAAACUUUAAGAUCCUCAAGGAGUCGAUUCCCAAGAUCGGUCGCGUCCUCGGAGCGAGCAUCACGUUCUGUCAGUUCUCCAGCCGCUAUGACGCCGUUCUUAGGGGCGAGGUGCCCAACAUCUUCAACCUGGAGAUGGGCGGCGGCGCGCUCGUGGACAUGGGGUGCUACACCGUCGCAGCGGCAGUAUGGCUCUUCGGCGCGCCAAAAGACGCACACUACUACCCCGUCAUCGUCAGCACGGGCGCUGACGGCGGAGGUAUCUUGACGUUGCAGUAUGAGGACUUCACAGUCCAUUUGUCGAGCAGCAAGAUGCAUACCAGCGAUGCGCCGUCUGAGAUCUACGGAGAGAAGGCAUCACUUAUCGUACCUUCAAUCACGGACAUCGAGAAGGUUACGUUGAGCGAUCCGCGAACGAAGAAGAGGGAGGAGCUGGGUACGAAGAAGGAGGAUCUGAACUUGAAGGAGGAGGCGGCUGAGCAGGCGAGGAUUAUUGCUGAGGAGGACUGGAAGGCGGCGGGUGAGCUGGAGGCGCAUAGUCGGGCGGUGCUAAAGGUUUUGGAGAAGGUGAGGAGGGAAAAUGGGUUGUUGUUUCCAGGCGGGAAGUAAGUAACUAUUUGACCAUAAUAUGAAAGGCUUGGCCUUGCCAGUACUUUUGCCUACGGCAAGUUUCUACCUUUUACAUUUCGAGGUAGUGUCACAGUUCUAAGAAGAAGGAUAGCGAAGG